GAGCAGAGAGCGCGAGCGGCGGGACAGGACAGCGGAGCGGCGCGCGGUUCACCUCCUGGCUUUGUGCUUUUUACCCCUAACGGACAUUUAGCGCAUACAGCUAUUUCUUUCCGACUUCAGCUACAGUGCUAGCUAAGUUUGGAGGGGAGAAAAGGGGGAGAAACGCCGUGUCUUGGUAGGUUAUUGAGUCGGUACCGACGGGGAGAUGCAGCGGUGACCGGGGCCCACCUCCUCCACUACACAACACAAAAGAGGAGACAGCGUAAAGCAACAAAAACAACACUCUCUUUGUCAUUUUUGCCAUUUCGACAGCUUUAAAAUGGAUAACCCUGCACCUAAGAGGUCAUGCUGCGAAUCGGUCCGAGACUUCUUCACGUCGGCUAAGUUCCUUAUCUACAUGGGCCAUGCUCUGUCGACGUGGGGCGACCGAAUGUGGAACUUUGCCGUGGCGGUGUUCCUGGUGGAGCUGUACGGGAACAGCCUGCUGCUCACGGCCGUGUACGGGCUGGUGGUGGCCGGCUCCGUGCUGCUGCUGGGGGCCAUCAUCGGGGACUGGGUGGACAAGAACCCCAGACUCAAAGUGGCCCAGACCUCGCUGCUGGUCCAGAACAGUUGCGUCAUCGUGUGUGGGAUCCUCCUGAUGGUGGUUUUCCAGUUCAAAGAACAGCUCGUGGAGAUUUACAAUGGAUGGAUUCUGACCCUCUGCUACAUCCUGGUGAUCUCCAUCGCCAACGUGGCCAACCUGGCCAGCACGGCGACGGCCAUCACCAUCCAGAGGGACUGGGUGGUGGUGGUGGCGGGUCAGGACAGCAGCAAGUUGGCAGACAUGAACGCCACAGUGCGGAUCAUCGACCAGCUGACCAACAUCCUGGCUCCCAUGCUGGUGGGUCAGAUCAUGUCCUUCGGCUCCCAUUUCAUUGGCUGCGGCUUCAUCUCCGGCUGGAACCUGUGCUCCAUGUGUGUGGAGUACGCUCUGCUGUGGAAGGUCUACCAGAAGACGCCGGCGCUGGCCGUGAAGGGGGGUCAGAAGGAGCAGCAGCAGGAGCUCAAACAGCUCAGCCCCACCAAAGACUCGGACAACGACCAGAGUCCGGAGGAGUCGUCUCAGCCGCUGAUGAUUGACACGUCGGGUGCGGUCAUGCCCGACUCCCCCAAGCAGCGCGGCUUCUGCUCCCAGAUGACCGAACCCCUGCGCACCCUGAAAGCCGGCUGGGUGUCCUACUACAACCAGAACAUCUUCCUGGCCGGGAUGUCCCUGGCGUUCCUCUACAUGACGGUGCUGGGCUUCGACUGCAUCACCACGGGCUACGCCUACACGCAGGGCCUCAACGGCUCGGUGCUCAGCCUGCUGAUGGGCGCCUCGGCCGUGUCGGGCAUCUGCGGCACCGUCGCCUUCACGUGGGUCCGCAAGAAGUGCGGCCUGAUCCGCACGGGCUUCAUUUCGGGGAUGACCCAGCUGUGCUGCCUCCUGCUGUGCGUGGCCUCCGUCUUUGCCCCCGGGAGCCCCUUCGACCUCAGUGUCUCGCCCUUCCAGGACCUGUACACCCACCUGGUCGGGGAGAAGACGCUGCCCGAGGCCGACUACAGCCUCACCAGCCUCCUCACCGGCGGGAACGCCACCACCACCGCCGCCCCCCCCGCCGAGGAGCUGCCGCGCCUGCAUUCCUACAUGUCUGUCAGCCUGCUGUUUGCUGGCGUCAUUGCUGCUAGAGUUGGCCUGUGGUCCUUCGACCUGACCGUGACCCAGCUCAUGCAGGAGAACGUGAUCGAGUCGGAGCGAGGGGUGAUCAACGGCGUCCAGAACUCCAUGAACUACCUCCUAGACCUGCUGCACUUCAUCAUGGUGAUUCUGGCCCCGAACCCAGAGGCCUUCGGCCUGCUGGUCCUCAUCUCCGUGUCCUUCGUGGCCAUGGGUCACGUCAUGUACUUUGGAUAUGCCUUCAAGAACCUGGGCAGCCGCCUGUUCCUCUGCUGCUCGCCGGAGCAAAAGGUGGAGACGGUGGACAGCCUGUCCCUUCCCACCACCGUCUAACCCCCUUAAAGAGACUCUGUCCUGGGUACAUAUCUCUCAAGCCUUACCCUACUUCUGCAUCUUAGCUAGCUAACUAACACCUUUGCUUGUAGCUGGCAGAAUGCUAACCUAAACCAGAGGAAGGUACCUUAACAUGCUACGCGUACUGUAGCCAUGGAUACAGCAUUAAUCAUUAGGAGAAGGUGGGGAGUACAACGCUUACGGUCUUAGGACAACGCAUCCACAGGGAAACCUUUAGACGAGGCAGGGUUUCGCUAACUUUUUCAGGGCCGGAUCCAGAUAAGAGCCUCGGCCUCCCGCCUGUCCAUGCUCUGUCAGACCAGGAUCCAUCACUUCCAGGCAGUUAGUAAGAAAUCAGACCGCACGGCACUGCACGCUGUUCUCCUCCGAGCUCACAGCCUGGAACUAGCUGUAGAGAUUUUUUAAAGGUGCUUUAACUUAACUUAAAGGGCGACAUGGGAGUGAAAUCGUGCAGGCUUGGAUAAUGGGGGGGGGGGGCUGUCUGAGACCCCCAAAAGAGAGAACGUCCCCCGUUUUGUGACGCUCGGCUCUCAGUGACUUCAUUGGUGUGUAGGUGGGAAUUCAAUGGUCUCUGGUAGCGGGCUUACAUAUAUAAAUGUAUGAUGAGUAGGUUGGGGGUUUUCCUCCAAGGGGGGGGGGGGGGAAGGGGGUUGGGGGGGUGCUUUUUAUUUAACCAAACACAAAACUGGGAUCUAGUCUCUUUACUACGCAGGUAUAAGGGUAAUGCAGUUAAUUGUAUUUAUUCAGGAAAUGGUGGACGGUGGUUGUUAUAAUAAUCGUAUACUCAGUGUUGUGUGGUUCCCUAAGAAAGAAAUAAGAAACCCUAUGCACCGUUGUCUAUAACUCGCUCAGUAACCAAAGUCAAAGUGCAUAUGUGGCAUAAAAGGAAGUGAGGGACAGCAGAUAUCUGUUCCCAGUCUUCCAAAUGUACUUAUUUACAUCAGGUGACAGUAGUUGUGUAGGUUCACCAAUGCAUUUAUACACCCUUGGUAUACCCGCUCUGAGAUUUACAUUUAGUUUUCUGUUUAGUUCGUUAAUAGCUUCAUUUAGUCACCUUUUGAUUUUUCUCUCCUGAAUAUACUUUUUUUUAAUCAUGAUUGUUGUUACACAGGCACUUUAAGUGAUUGACGUCUGUCAUUACACCCAACUCGCGUGAUCAGGCAUUUGAUCUAUAUUUUUGCACAUGGCUGAAGUCCCAGAAACCCCCGCGCACAAUCUUAUCCAAUCACUUUGAUUCUCUCGCUCAGACGCUGUGGUUGAAACGAAAACAUAAGGCACAUAUUGUAACACUUAUGAGGAAAAACUGUACCAGCUCAUGUGAAAAAGUCUGGAAAGUUUACCUCAGAAACCCAUGUUUCCUCAAAAGUCAGCCAGAAAGCUCAGUCAGCAAAACGUCCCGGAUCCUAGACCGCCAACAGACUCUGGACCUGUUUCACUCCUCUUGACUUCUAAUUGCUGAAAGCUUUAACAGAGGUGGACCCAUUUUCAUUUUGACAUCUCUGUACAGUUCUAGUCUAGGAAAUGUAUUUUCAUAGUAUCUCAUGAAUGUGUGUGUGGCUCUGUCUGCAUGCUACAUGUCCUGUGAAGUGAUUUUGUAAAAGAGUGUUUCCAAAAACAGUUAAACAUCACCGGUAUCUGGAAAGUAGCCUUCUACAAAGUGAGACUACUGUACAUAACUAUCUGAUAUAUGUAGAACUGACAGGAUAAUGAUGUAUGCUAAAGUAUAGUGUAUCAAAUAAGAGUCAUUAUGAUAGCAAUAUCCAUUUUAUCCAUCUUUCUGGAAACAUGAGCCACCAUAAGCUAGGUAAGGCUGUAGCAUCAAAACCCCAGAGUUCAACUUUUGAUUUUAAAGAGGAAUAAUGGGUUAUUUCAUCUUUCAGAAGUUCCUGAUCUCACUUUAAAUAUCAUCCAAAUACACGGUAGUUGCUACUGUAGCAGUAACUAGGUCUGACCUUCCAUGAUCUCUGUUGCCUUAAUGUAAACUAGCCUUGAAAGCUGUUAUGCGCACACAUCGAGACGGCGUCCAGCCGCACCCUACCCGUGGAAAAUGGAGCCUGUCUGGCCCAGAUUUUGGGGAAUAGCGAUGGAGAAAUAUUUUGGUUGGAAACGAAGGUAGCCACACAGGAUGUAGGAGAACAGAAAGCCACUUUUUCGCUGCAUGUGCCGAGUCAGGGUUCGGUCUGCAGGUGCACCAGUAAAGCGCUGACUCAUGUUCAUGUUCCUGAACCUCGGUCUGGGCAUGGACCCCAAACCGCUCGAUCUGCUGAUUCAGGAACAUCUCACACAGCCAUAAAUCUGUAUUUUUAAUGUAAAUAACAGCAGCCAGACAAUACAAAAUCAACUUAAGUAUACAAUAA